AUGCAAGAGCAGUGCUUCCUACUAACUGCUGAGUUGUGUAUCCAGCUCAUGUAUCCUCCUCUCUGUCUCUCUCCUGACACAGGUGGCGUUCCAUCUUUGAUUGCUGGUCUUUCUGUUGGAGUUUUGGCUGGGUAUGGAGCCUACCGUGUCUCCAAUGACAAACGGGAUGUCAAAGUGUCAUUGUUUACAGCUUUCUUACUGGCCACCAUAAUGGGUGUGAGAUUCAAGAGAUCCAAGAAAAUAAUGCCUGCUGGGCUGGUUGCAGGCGUAAGCCUCGUGAUGAUCCUGAGACUGGUCCUGCUGUUGCUUUAGCACCAAGAGAAGCCAAGAGCCCACCUCCUAUCAUUCUACUGUACCCGACAGAGCAGCUUCUUGCAUUCAAAAGAUCAGUUUAAAUAGGUGAUAAAUUUCUUACCCUGAAAUGAAAAUAUGUUGUCACUCGAAAUUUAAAAACCAAUUGGCAAUAUUUGCUUGCCCUCCCCUUUUUCAUUUAAAGCACAAGUUUCAGCUGUUUCUUUUUGUUAACCCUGGUCUUUAAUGGGUUGCUAUGUAGUCAUUUGCUUUGUCUUAUCUUGUGGGUGGAAUUUGGGCGCCCACUGUUUUCUGCUCUUGAGAGUUCCAAGCUCUUAUGGCUCAAAUAAGAUGAACGGCAACUUGUCAUGUCAUGGGGUCCCUGGAGUGAACCACAGAAUGUUGAUGAUUUGUAUGUCACUUGAUACAUUAGCUAUUUUAUUUGUAUUGUUGUGAGGGAUCUUUGCGUCGAAGGAAUUCCGUUGUCAACUCAUCAGUGUCGUAACAGAAUGCAUUCAGUAUUCAAAUAAAAUACAUUUUUAUCUUAA